AUGCGGCUCGACGGUAUUUCGAGUGCAAACGGCUAUAGUCAAGGGUCAAACGGCACUGCUUCGUCUCCAUCGCGGAAAAACGACCAGACCCCAUAUGUGUCGUUCAACGGGGAUACACCUACAAACGGACACGCCAAACCAUCUGCCAACCUUCCAUCAUACUAUGGCCAUGAUCGAGAGGAAGUUACCCGGAUUCUGAUCCAGAGUCUGUAUGAGUUGGGAUACAACGGAGCGGCGUCAUUACUAGGCAAAGAAAGCGGCUACCAGCUAGAGAGUCCAGCAGUUGCUAAAUUCCGCGGUGCUGUAUUGGAAGGGCGAUGGCCGGAGGCUGAGAGUAUCCUACUCCAGUCGUUUUACCCUUAUAAUGGGGGUUCUGGAAAGGCUGGCCACAACAAGGAAAAAUUAUUACUGGCAGAAGGUGCCGACAAGAGUGAGAUGCUUUUUCAUCUUCGACAGCAGAAGUUUCUAGAGCUUUUAGAGUCUCGGGAUCUAGGGGCCGCGUUGAUUGUUCUUCGCCAUGAAUUGACCCCCCUUAAUUACGACAUCGGACGUCUUCAUGCUCUUUCUAGUCUCCUUAUGUGCCCGCCUGAACAUCUUCACGACCAAGCCGGAUGGAAUAGUCCCAUAAGUAGUUCCCGGGAGCGCUUAUUAUCUGAACUCUCCAAAUUCAUUUCGCCGUCUGUAAUGAUCCCGGACAACCGUCUUGCUAUAUUAUUAGAUCAUGUCAAGAAGAACCAGAUAAAUCAGUGCUUAUAUCACAAUACGGCAACUCCCCCGUCCUUAUACUCGGAUCACAUGUGUGACAAAGCCGAUUUCCCUCUUCAAACCGCAAUAGAAUUGAGCCAGCACUCGGACGAAGUAUGGUUUUGUGAAUUCUCGCAUGAUGGCACGAAACUGGUUACGGCGGGCCGGGACCGCAGUGUGAUAAUUUACGAUACGAGCACAUUUGACGUGCUUCAUAAAUUGACGGAGCAUGAUGACGGUGUUGCGCAGGCUAGUUGGAGCCCUGAUGACACCAAACUGAUUACCUGUUCUCAAGAUAAGGUGGCUCGGGUGUGGAACGUCGAGACCGGCCGUUGCCUUUUGACAAUUAAGCACCAUAGCGAACCCAUAACAGCUGCCGCUUGGGCAGCUGACGGAGAAUCUUUUGUCACCGCUUCUCUUGACCUGGAAUCGCAACUCUGCCAUUGGAGCAUCCGUGGCCAAGCUCUCUACAUGUGGCCACGAGGCUUCCGUGUCCAAGACUGUACCAUUAGUGCUGAUGGGCGACGAUUGGUCGCCGCGGACGUUGAAGGAAAGGUGCACGUUUAUAAUAUGCACACGCAUGAAGAAGAAUACUGUCUACCCAUGAAGAGCAAGCCGACGUCUAUUGCCAUCAGUCGAGAUUCACAGUAUAUGCUCGUGAAUCUGUCCGAAGGUCAGAUCAAUCUCAUCGAUAUCGAUACGACAGAAGUUGUCCGUCGCUUCCAGGGGCAAAAACAAGGCUCCUAUGUUAUUCGGAGCACAUUUGGUGGAGCUGCUGAGAACUUUGUUAUCAGUGGAAGUGAAGAUGCUUGUGUGUACGUGUGGCACAAAGAGAACGGGGUCCUCGUCGAGACAUUAGAGGGACAUAUUUCUGGCUGCGUGAAUGCGAUAUCUUGGAAUCCUACAAAUCCGGGCAUGUUUGCUUCAGCAGGUGAUGACUGCUUGGUCAGAAUUUGGACUCGAGAGAGUGAUAUACCACGUAGCACUGUCCGUGGCAUUCAAAGAGCAAUGGCCUCGAAGUUCCUUCCACGUACAAGCGCCUUACGGUCAACUUCAAGCUUCCAAUAA